AUGGUACCUGAAGGGCGGGCUCUGGGGCGCAUGUACGAGAAUCUUGCCGAGAGGAGAGAGUCCUUGUCGGAAGGCGCUCUCAAACCUCUGCAGCUAGUCGUGGAGCGCGAUCGGUUGAUGGCACUAGAUGGUAAUCGACGCCUAGCUGUACUGAAGGCACUGCACUGUCGGCAUCCUGAAGUGUUCGAUGGUUGGCUGGAUGAGUGCCAUGUGCUCAUUUCACCGUCUACGGCGCGUCUCAAACGGAAAAUUACAACAUCCCCGAUGAUCGAUGGUCGGACGGUCCGUUUUGAGGCACACGCGAGAGUUUCUGAUGAGGUACCCUACUGGGCACGAGGUCUCUACUUCGUCAACAGCGGUCCUGCCUUCACGAGAGGCAUGCUGUUGGAUGAUAUCUCAGGCUAG